CUUCCCUCUCUGCGUCCCAAACAAAGUGUCACAAAGAGCUCGGCCGGCGGCAGCCGCAGAGGCGGCUGCAACUCAGCUUUUGUUCUCCUGGCCUGGGUAGCUGAGCCUUGGCCUCCCAAUCUCCCAACCCUGCCCCCCAUCAUCCUUCUGGCUUAUCUUCCAUGGGAGGGGUAUAGGGUGUUGCUGGAAGAACCUCUCGUGCAGGAUCAUAGGUCCUCCCUGACUUGCCAGCCUACUUCUGGAAAGGAGAUUUUCCCCGAGGCUCUCCUGCCCACCCCCCACCCCCUAAUCUGAGGACUGAGGCUCAAAUGAGUGCUAAGACUCUGACUUUUCUAGCAUCAGCUCCAGUUAAAGGGAUUUAGAGCUAGCUACAUGCCCUCUCCCCCAAAUUCAGGUCCUCCAGAACUUUCAGAAGAGGGGGUAAGUUGGAACAUGGCUUUGGAAUAAGAUUUACCAUGGUGGGAUAGCACGAGGUGAGCAGGUGUACCUUCCUCUUGCCUACUGCUGUACAUGUGGAGUUCAUGACUGAGGUUCCAUGCCCCCACCUCAGGAGAGAAAGAGGUUCUUUACCAAGCACUCAAUGUAAAAGGUCCACAAGCUGUGGUGUGGGGUCAGUUUGGAGGAGCUACCUGAGUGGUGAGGUUCAGAGAACCAUGGAGAGGAGACCAUGAAAGCGUACUUACAGGUGUCCCUGUCAUAAAGGUGGUCUUAACUCUAGACCACCUAAGAAGCUUCCUUUAUUUUUAUCUCCAUCUAGUGCAGGGCUAAUAAUAAUUGUUGGUGGACUUGGGAAGUAUAGGAUUCUCAACAGGGGGGGAAAAAUCGAGUAUUAGAAAUGACCAGUGCAGUGACAGAGGCCUAGGCAGACCUAUGCCUCAAAAAAUCCUUUGACUGUAAGAACUUUUGAAACAGGUUUGAGGGCCAAUCUUUGUGGUCCUCUAGUCAGCAGAUGCUUCAAUGUACCUGUCCCUGUUGUUUCUUAGAGUCUUCUCACCAACCCUUCCAUCCUUCCUACUCAGCAAGAUAGGUCCACACCCUCUUUUCCUCAGCUUUCCUAGCACAGAAAGUAAUUGGCCUGUUGCUUUGGAAAGAUUUUUUGAACCCUAUCCCUGGCCUUGCAUCCCUAUAGAACCCAAAUAAGGGCAAGAUAACCCCUGAUUCCCAGUGGGGUAGAAAGUAGGUCAGUGCUACUGCCUGGCCAAGUCUCAUGGAUAGUGUUUAGGGCCUGACUAUAGAAAAUACUGUGAUUAUUGCCCACAGAUAAUAGACACAUGACCUGGGUUCCAGUUUAGUUGAUAGGCUCUGGGGCCCUGCCAGUGCUUUCUCCUGUUGAAAAAGCCUCAUGGGAUCAGAUGCCUGGGAUCUGGUUUGGUAUGGAGAUGAUUCAGGAGAUCUUGCCUAGGCCCAGGAGGCUCUCUCCAUGGGUUUUGUUGAUUUGAGGCCAUCCUAUGGGGAAAGUUUCCCUACUCAGGAAUUCAGCUUCAGUUUGGGCCUUUUUACAUGUCACUGUAUUUCCAUCCUGGAAACUGCUGUGUACAAAGCAGGUUUUGGGUUUUUGUUUUGUUUUGGGGGAGGAAGUUUUGUCCUAUUCUUCUACUUGCCCCAGAUAGAAAUGAAGUCAGCCUCUCAUGAGGUGUUUUGCUAACAAACUAUCCUACAGGCAGUUUUAGGGGCCUUAAAAUCUUCUCAGAAUCUGAAUAUGUGCCCAUAGGUUAGUCAGCUAUGACCAUGCAGUAUUCCCAGCCUCACCCCCUCCCCCACCAUCUGCUUGCUCAGAAUAUACCAGAUUGGCUGUACACCAGGAUGUUCCGGGAAUUCCCAGGAGAGCAACAGAAUGUGAUGGGCCCAAAUACGAUGCCUCAGUAGCUGAUUCCAGGAUGUACAAACUGUAACUGUCAGGACACUCCUUAUAGCUAAUUAAAAUUCUUCUAGUUACAUCUAUUUUCUGUUACAGCUAUCUAUUUUCAGUGACAUCCAAAAGGCCAAGAUAAUCCCUCUGGUACCACUGUUUUUUUAAAUUUUUCCCUAUGGUUCCUGGAUAGGAAUUUUUAAAAAAUCAUCUAGCUUUUCUCAGUACUUUAUCUGUGGUGCUAAAAUGACCAGUGUGGCCCCUCUAGCACUUCAUGGUAUCUAUGGUACUGAGGUGGCCAAAGUGGCUCCUCUGGUAGCCCACUGCACUCUCCAUGGUACUGAAGGGAUGACCGUUUCUUUUUUAAUGUCUUUCUGGGGUCCAGAAGAGUCCUGUGACUCAGAACCACAAACUUUGGAGGUGGAAGGGACUACCAAUAUAAAUUAGUGCAACCUCCUUAUUUUACAGAUGAUUAAGCUGGGAGGUUAGGUAAUUUACUGAAGGUUGCAGGGCUAUUAAUGAUCAGACUGGCCCACAUUAGCUUUGUACCUCUCAGUCCUACUCUAAUUCACCUUUCAUGAUGCUACUGGGGACUCAGUUGGGCUCUUGGUCCCAGGAAAGGGAUUUAUUUGGAGGAUCCAGAAGAUGGGGGAGGAUGCCCUAAUUUGGAGUUACAGAAAUACAAAUAUUAAAAGUGGUUAUGGAGGUGGUUUAGUGACCCUUGGACAAGGACACUUUGUUAACCUCCUGUUAGUAAAAUUCCCAUAACCAAAAUUCUACAUUUAACAGGCACCUGCCCCUUCAAAGACUCUUAUCAUAUCCACUAAGUGUCAAAAAUUAAGCCGUGGACCUCCAGAGCCUUUUCUCUUUGCUGAUAAACAGGGCUGACUACCUGGCCAGCUCUCUUCUGUUAAAAAUCCUUAAGCAAAGUAUGCUCGAGUCCUUUUCUUUCUCGGUAACCCAUUUCAGUUUCACAAUGCCUAUUGUGAGGAAGUUUUUUAUAUCUUAAAUAUUCUUUCUGUCUCAGGCGAAAAAAUAGGUUAGGCCUACAUUCUUCUUGCCUUGACCAGAUACAAUUCUGUAUGUAAGCAGGAAGGUAGUCUGGCCAACUUCUGGUCAUCUUCCAGGCCUAUUUCUAUGAAUCUUAAUUCUGGGUUGCUUUUUAGUUCUAAUGCCAAUCUCCUCUGCAGCUUAGACUCCUCUGCAGUUUAGAAUCAGGAGGAAACCCCCUCUCUGCCCAAUCCUCUUUCUCCCAGUGCUCUUCUCCUUCCUCAGAACUGGAGCCCUGCACAUCCCAGGCCCAGGGAAUUUAGCCUGGAGAAUUUUAACCCUUUUUUGCUCAGAGCAUGUGCUGAGCCCCUGUCUGUGCAGAUGGCCCAGCCCCGCCCCCCAUCCCUCACUCCAGCCUCUUGAGCUCAGAGCCAGUGUAAUCCUCCUCUUGUGUGAGGGAGCCUCUCCCCUGCAGUGAGGAGGAAAGCCUGCUUCGGAACAGCUCUGGACAAAGGGGCUGAGAUGCCCCAUCAAACUGCAGGCUCCAAGGUUUGAAACACCGGGAUGAAUCCUAUAUCUGCUCUUCAGCACCUGUUGCCUUCACUAGCAGCUUUUCCUCCUCCUCUUCCCUGCACUCCCCAGAACCAAAGAAUGUGAAGGGGGUCCAUGGAGGGCUCACGUCCCCGCGCCCCUGGCGGCCACUUAGCGCCGUCGCCGCCAGCUUUCGACGGCGAACUGGAUCUGCAGCGCUACUCCAACGGGCCAGGCGUGAGCGCCGGUUCUCCAGGGAUGGGUGCAGUGAGCUGGUCUGAGAGUCGUGCCGGUGAACGGCGCUUCCCUUGCCCUGUAUGUGGGAAGCGCUUCCGCUUCAACUCCAUCCUGGCCUUGCACCUGCGGGCGCACCCAGGCGCCCAGGCCUUCCAGUGUUCGCAUUGCGGCCACCGCGCUACCCAGCGGGCCCUGCUGCGCUCGCACCUGCGCACGCACCAGCCGGACCGCCCGCGAAGCCCUGCCGCGCGUCUGUUGCAGGAGUUGGAGGAGCGCGCGCUACUGCGCGAAGCCCGGCUGGGGAGAGCCCGAAGCUUAGGCGGCAUUCAGGCUACCCCUGCCACUGAGGGAGUAGCGCGGCCCCAGGCUCCGUCGACGUCCGCCUUCCGUUGCACCUUCUGCAAAGGCAAGUUUCGCACCGCAGCGGAGCGGGAACGCCACCUGCACAUCCUGCACAGGCCCUGGAAGUGUGGCCUGUGCAGUUUCGGUGCCAGCCAGGAGGAGGAGCUGCUGCACCACAGCCUGACCGCCCACGGUGCUCCUGAGCACCCCCUAGCGGCCACUUCGGCUGCUCCCCAGCCUCAGCCACCACCCCAACCUGAACCUAGAUCUGUUCCGGAGCCUGAGCUGGAGCCUGAACGUGAGGCAACCCCUGCUCCUGCGCCUGCAGCUCCCGAGGAGCCCCCUGCACCUCCGGAGUUCCGCUGUCAAGUGUGUGGCCAGAGCUUUACUCAGUCCUGGUUUCUCAAGGGCCAUAUGCGCAAGCACAAGGCCUCCUUCGAUCACGCGUGUCCCGUGUGUGGCCGCUGCUUCAAGGAGCCCUGGUUCCUUAAGAACCACAUGAAGGUGCACACUAGCAAGCUGGGCCCACUGCGUGCCCCGGGGUCUGGUUCUGGGCCUGCCCGUGCCCCCCAGCCUCCUGACCUAGGCCUACUGGCCUAUGAGCCACUGGGCCCUGCUCUCCUCUUGGCCCCAGCACCUACCCCGGCUGAGCACCGGGAAUCACCAAGCCUCCUGGGCUACCUGAGCCUACGAGCUGGCGAGGCCCGGCCCAAUGGUGAGGGCGCUGAGCCUGGGGCUGGUCGCAGCUUUGGAAGCUUCCACCCACUGCCGUCUGCAAUCCCGGCUCGUGCUCGCCGGCACUGCUCCGAGGAUCCGGGUGAAGAAGAGGAGGUGGUGGAGACGGAGGAGGAGACCUGGGCCCGGGGCAGAGCACUGGGUUCUCUGGCUUCACUGCAUCUGCGGCCAGGCGAAGGGCCAGGGCAUUCUGCGACUGCUGCUGGGUCCCAGGCAAGGUCCACCGCCACGCAGGAAGAAAAUGGGCUGUUAGUUGGAGGGACCCGGCCUGAAGGGGGUCGGGGGGCCACCGGCAAGGAUUGCCCCUUCUGUGGGAAAUCUUUCCGCUCAGCGCAUCACCUCAAAGUGCACUUGCGAGUGCACACAGGCGAGCGUCCCUACAAGUGUCCGCACUGCGACUACGCGGGCACCCAAUCUGGCUCGCUCAAGUAUCACCUGCAGCGCCACCACCGGGAACAGAGGAGCGGUGCAGGCCCCGGGCCACCCCCGGAGCCGCCGCCACCUUCCCACCGAGGUUCAGCGCAGUCGUCGGGAGCCAAGUCAGCUUCACAGCCCGCUACCUGGGUGGAGGGUGUGGCGAGCCCCCGGCCUCCUUUGAGCGGCGCCGCGCCUGGGUCCCGUAGGAAGCCCGCCAGCCCCGGGAGGACCCUGCGCAACGGGCGAGGCGGUGAGGCCGAACCCCUGGACCUGUCCCUGCGGGCGGGGCCGGGAGGCGAGGCUGGGCCGGGGGGUGCCCUCCACCGAUGCCUCUUCUGCCCUUUCGCCACUGGAGCCCCCGAGCUCAUGGCUUUGCACCUGCAAGUGCACCAUAGCCGCAGGGCUCGGGGCCGCCGGCCGCCCCAGGCUGACACGUCCCCGCCCUAUGCUCGAGCACUGUCUGGAGAGACCCCUCCGAGUCCUCUGCAGGAAGGGGAGGAGGGCCCGGGGCUAUCGCGUUCGGUGGAGGCCAUGCUUGGGGGGCAGGAACGGUAGGGAGCCCUCUUAGGGGCGGUUAGCUUAGUGAGCUUACCCCGCAGGUGCGGGGGAGCGCUAGAGGUAGUUGGGUAGAGCAGCCAGCAGGGGGGCAGUGAGGGACCCACAUCCCAGCCCCAGGCGGACCAGAGAUGGAGGGGGCAGAGGGCAUAGGAGGGUGGUGGGCGGUACCCACCCAGCCAAGGGGAGAGUCACAGUGCCUUAGAAGUGGCAGGGGUGAGGAUCAAAGAACGGGGUCCCAGGGCUGGCAGAGAGGGUUAUGUCCCUGUUGAGGAGCCGCUCUGUCAGUCUUUGCUGGUCCAUAGGCAUGAGAGUUUAUUUUUGUACAAUGGGUGGGGGUGGGGGCACUGUACCCUUCUAGCCCCUUCAGGGGCCUGUAGACGUCGCUAUUUUUGGUACGAUUUCUGUCAUCCCUAUCGCAGAGUUGUGUCUCUAAUAAACAGGUGUCUUGAGGCACA